AUGUCAAUAAUAGAGCCAUCUUUGCCCGAAGGGUUUUUCACACAGUCGUCACUAUUUCAAAAUUCAGAAAAUGAGCUGAUUUCAAGCGUAGAUCAUCUUGUAGAUACAACCAAUCCACUCGCCAACUCCAAGAAUGCCAUACUCUUUGAUGGAUCCACGAUUUCUCUUAGACCGAAAAAGAGGAAGGAAGCAGCUGAAUUGGACCAGAUAUCAGUUUCUACUGGCGAAUCGUUGAACUUGAUUGACAUUGACGGAUUAUAUGCCAAGGUCGAGUUGAAAAGGGCGAUCAAAUCAUCGAACAAGAUCAUAAGUAGCUCCGCGUCCAAGCGAAAUGGCAAUGGAGAAGGUGAAACCGCUGGACUCUGGACCGAUAAGUACAGGCCGAAAACGUUCAUGGAGGUCUGUUCUGCGGGAAAUGAUAAACUGUACAGACUCAUUCUACAUUGGUUAAGAAAAUGGUCUACCUUGGUGUUCAAGGAAGAAUUGCCGCAGAAUGAUAACGUUGACCAUUUGGGUCGUCCUUUAAAGAAAAUCUUGCUCAUCAAUGGUCCUGUAGGGAUGGGGAAGACCACAGUUGCACAUUUACUUGCUACCCAGCUUGGCUACUCGGUUCAAGAGUUGAAUGCUGCGAAUAGUAUGGAUCCCUCGCUAGGCAGUACACACGGUGGGUCUGCGCUCAAGACCAAGGUUGUCAAUGCAUUAACUUCCAAUUCUCUCACAUCCAAUGGUAAGCCAACUUGUUUGGUCAUUGACGAAAUCGAUUCAGCUAUCAAUAGUGCAGAAAUAAUAAAAGUUUUGACUGACUUGGUGCACUUGGAUUCAAGAAAUAGAGCAUCUGCAAUAUCUGCCAAUUCCAAGGACAAGAAGAAACCUUUCCAAUUGAAUAGACCCAUUAUUUGCAUUGCCAACGAUAUAUAUCAAUCUGCAUCCUCUGGUACAAAUUCUUCGUUUCUGUCUCAUUAUUCAAUUGACAAAUUGAGACCGCAUUGCGAGAUUAUCACAUUCAGGAAACCAAUUGCCACACAGAGAGGUGGUAGUGGAGGGAAUGGGCUAAGAACAGUAAAAGAAUUCCUCAUGCAAAUUAACAAGUGGGAGAAAAUGGGCUUGAACUUCAGAGAUAUCAAUGAGAUAGUUGAAGUGUGCGAGGGGGAUAUCAGAAGCUGUAUCAAUUUCUUGCAGUUUAACAGUGGAGGCAAAGUUUAUGAUGCUGUGAUAGAGGAGGAGAAAUCUCAAAAUGAUACUGAAAGUUACGUUUCCAAUUCUCUCAAGGACACCCAAUUAUCAUGGUUUGCCAUAGUUACCCUUCUUUUCAAACGUAACCAAAGUCUAAGCAAGGAUGAAAACUUUGGAAACUUACUAAAUUUAUUUACCAACGGUGGAGGAAAGGCUUCAACUUCGGCUAACAACGUCAUAGACAAGGUAAUUAAAGGGUGCUUUAACAAAUACUUGGACGCCGUCGCUACCCAAGAUGAUUCAGCUGUCAAGCCUGCACAAUUGAGCGACUGGUUGUGGUUCUACGAUCAAAUGGACCAUCUGGGAUCAGGCUCAUCUUCAACAUUAUUGGGGAAUUAUAGUUCUGCCGUGUAUCUUAAAAUUUGGUCAAUGUUCAGUGAUAUCAACCUGGCUAGAUUCUCUGCAAGUAAUAAAACACUUGUUCCUCUGGGAAUUGAUUUCGAAUCGUUUGAACUCUCGAGGCUGAAUAAAUUUGCUAUGAAGAGAAUUAUCGAUAAUUUCCCUGUUCAGUUAAGAAUUAGUAUAGGAAAUGGAAUAGAAUCUUCGAACACAAUCCCAGGGAUCUUUUUGCCAUACCUUGAUAAAAUGAUGACGCCAAUACACUCGACAAAUCAUAAUUCAAAUCAAAAUAUAGACCACGAAAAAAUUGCUCAAAUUAUCAAGGACUUUCAAUUCCAGUUGGAAAAUCAUAAAGAUCUCGAUUCAGGGGAGAUCAAACUUCAAUUCUCUCCCGAAUUCGAUACCAUAACCAAUUUCAAUACUGAAUUAUCUCCCCAGCCCUUAGCUACAUUAACCAAAUUGGUCCAAUUGAAGAGGAAAUGGCUCUUUCCAUUACUUAAAUUGGAAUUAGACAGACUAGAUUCAUUAAGAAAAAGAAAACAUGUCACCUUGGCUUCUAGGAACAAAUCAGAGGAGCCAGAAAAUAAAGCGGACCUUAAGCUGAAACGUUCAAGGUUAACAAAUAGUGCCGAUUUCUUUAAAGCAAGAUACGAUAAUCUUGCCACACAAACUUCAGGAAGUUUAGAAAAUGAGAAAACAACGGUCAAUAGUAAUAACAGUGGUACCUCCCAUAUAUGGGUUAAAUACCACGAAGGAUUUUCCAAUGCAGUUAGGAUUAACGUAGGGUGGGACGAUUUGUGGUUACCUCCACAUGAGUAUGUUGAAUGA